AUGAAUUAUAAAAAAAAGCCACAGAAAUUUUGUUCAAUUAAAAAAAAUAUUAAAAAAAGCAUCAGGGGUGCUUACAAAAAAAUCUCAGCAGAAAAAAAACGUGAGAUUUUGAGCACCCUUAUGCAUUCAAGGGAUUCAUUGAGCCAAAUAUCAUAACAAUUUAAUGUAAACAAAGAAACCAUUAGAUCAUUUUAUAAAAAAUUAAACCAUAAGAAUUUAUAUUUGGAUCUAGAGUUGUAUCUAGUCUCCAAACAUUUAAAUUUGGAGGAAAGCUAAGACGGAAAAAUAGAAAAAAAUCAAAUAUCAAAAUAACUUAAACAAGACAUCGAUAAUUAUCAACUUGACGAAAAACUUGAAAAAAUUCUAAAAGAGAUCUAAAGUAAAAGAGAAUAAUCAAAAUCAAAAAAAAAAAAACCUGUAAUCUAAUUUACCUCAAAAAAUAGAAGAAUUAUUAACAAAAUUGUAAGUUUUAUAAUCCUAGCCGGGGCAGCAGCGGCUAAAAACAAUACUGAAUUUAUAAACGACAUUAAAACAAAAAUCAUAGAAGAAUUUUAUGACGCAUUUUUUUUCUAAUAUUUAGAUUAUGAUCCAGUCUUUUCGAAUAUCAUAUACACUUCCAUUUCACCUUUGAAUUUUGAAUACGAAUCCAGCUAAUUUUCUUAAAGCCAAUAGACCGAAACGAGACCUUAUUUCCCCUGAA